GAAGUAUUUUGAGUGUUGUAGAUUUAGUUUUUAGCCUCAUACAUUGGCACUGUGAUGGAAAUAUAGAUAGACCUAGCUGUAAGACUUCUGGCGAUGUAGUGAAUUGAGCCUAAACGUUUUAUGAGUCAGGCAUCGAAAAUCACAGAGCUCCUGCAGCUUUUUAACACGAAAAGCGCACUCGUUGUUUGCAGUAGCCGAAUGAUGGAAGCGAUUUACCGUGCAAUAUAUUCGUAACGUGGCUACAGUGAAUUUGGAUUACAUUAUGCGUUAAGUGCUGUUGGUUUUAAGUGCCCACUUGUUGCAAUAUUUCCCUGAUUGCAACUCGCUUUAUGGGAACAGAGGACAAGAGGUUUUUAACGCACUGUUCCGCCCUAUAUCAUUAGUGCUCUUUCAAUAACACAUUUAAUCGGAGACCACAGAGCUUUCACAUCGCUUAUUCCUCCUUUUUUAGUCAUUCUAAUGUAGCUGUAAUUAAACUUCUUUUUAAAACCAGGCUGUGAAUUUAUAUGAAAUUCAUACACACUUUCCUCCCAGUUGUUUUCACAAUGGCUGUAUAAUCUACACGCAAAUACUGUGUUUUAAAGGUUUUUUUUUUUGUUGACUUGUUGAGAUCUUAGUUCGUAAGGUGUUCUUAAAUGCAGUUGUUGGGUUUAAUGGGUUUAAGUAUGCUCCUGCUUAAUGUAGCCUAUUGUAUUGGGAAAUGCAUUGGAGACCAACAUCUGAGGCAGUUUAUAGACUUUUAUAUUUAAUUUUGUAUAGCAGGUUUUUGAAAGCUCUGACAGAAGUACUGAGUCUAAAUGAGGCCAGGAUAAAUGGAAAUUUAUCAGUGCAUAUUAAUUGAAACAAACUUGAUACAUGUGGGAGUAAUUUGGAAUAGAACUACCGUCCUUCAGAUCACUGAACAAACUGUUGCUCAUGCUGUCUAAUGUGAAACAUUUUCAGAGGAAUGGUUAGAUAUUUAGAUUUUAAUCCAAAUUUAGUUUUUGACUCACCCGUUCUUACAGUCAUAAUCACAAGCUACCAAUCAUAAUUGCUUGUUGCUUGACAAAAAAAAAACAACAACGGCUAGUCCACCGGUCAAGGUUUCUUUUUAUGUAGAAGUGGGAGUUCUGCACUGAACUAUAAAAAGCUGUACUACUCAUAGAGUAUUUAUACAUUUUCCAUGGCGCUAAAAUUUCUAAAACAUGGUUGCCAGAUAAUAUAGCUUAAAAACAUGGUGUUUAAUUUUUUUCCAUGUUGGCACGUACGGGCCCUUUACUGUGGUCAAAACCUGUAAAGAUCCAACUGCAGUACUUGUGCGGAGGAUGAAAAGGUUAAAUGGCUCUAGUUCUGCACAGAGGGACUUUUAUUGUCACCGUGGUCAUGACUCUCACCGUACAAUGGGCCCUUUCCGACUGUGAGAGCCACUUCAGUGUGCUUUUUCAAGCACGGAGGGGGGAGAAAGUGGAGACAUUGUGUCUGCGUGUAGGACACAAGGUGAUCUGAACAACAUUGUGAUCGGGUGCACCGAUUCUCCUCUCGGGUUGUCAGUUUUGUAUGUAUGCAGGCACUUCUGUGGCUGGUAUCAGACCUGGAGAACUGAUUGUUUACUGGGACUGAAAUAGGAAGACCCUUAGAAUUGGAAAACAUACGUGAAGUGGGACUGAAUCAGUCAGGAUUAUAAACAAAAAAAAACUGUUGGCACUAGAGAGAGCAGUGAUGCAUGCCCCUGGAAGGAUGGAGCCCUUUGGCUUUCUGAGAACAGCGCCCCCUGUAGCUGUUGCGCGUUUGCGGACGCCCAGGACGCGGUGUGCGUCCCUGAGCUGGCAGUAGCGGGAGAGCGGAGUGACGGACGGCUGGCCAGCAUGCCCGGGUGGCGGUCUCAGUGGCGCCUGGUCCUGCUCAACUCCCUGACCUGCGGCCUGGAGAUCUGCGUGGCGGCCGGCAUCACCUACGUCCCGCCCUUACUGCUGGAGGCCGGCGUGGAGGAGAAGUACAUGACUAUGGUGCUCGGCAUCGGGCCCGUGCUGGGCCUGCUCUUCAUCCCGCUCAUUGGCUCGGCCAGCGACCGCUGCACCAGCAGCUACGGCCGGCGCCGCCCCUUCAUCUGGCUGCUGUCGCUGGGGGUGCUGGUGGCGCUGCUCAUCAUCCCCCAUGCCGACGUCCUGGCCGCCCAGUUCAGCUGGGGGGGCCGCGCCCUGCAGGUGGGCUUCCUCAUCCUGGGGGUGGGGCUCCUGGACUUCUGCGGCCAGGUGUGCUUCACGCCGCUGGAGGCCCUCCUGUCCGACCUGUACCACGAGGAGGAGGACUGCGGCCAGGCCUUCGCCAUGUUCUCCUUCAUGGUCAGCCUGGGCGGCUGCAUCGGCUACCUGCUGCCCGCGCUCGACUGGAGCGGCGGCCUCCUGUCGCUCUACCUGGGCGGCCAGGCCGAGUGCCUCUUCUCCCUCCUCAUCCUCAUCUUCGUGACGAGCGUCCUGGUCACCAUGAAGGUGUCACAGGAGCCCCCCCGCUGUGGUGGUGGUGGCGGCGGCAGCGUUGGUGGCGGUGGCGGCGGCAGCAGCCCCGCCCUGGAGCCGCGCCCCCCGGAGGCCGGGGGCCGGCGCGUGCCGCGCUCCUGCUGCUACCUGCUGCGCUGCAAGCUGCGGCUGCUGAAGGCGGGGCCGCUGCUCUGCCUGCUGCGCACCUGCUGGUCCAUGACCCCCACCAUCUACCGCAGCUACUGCCACAUGCCGCGCGUGAUGCGCCAGCUGUGCGUGGCGCAGCUCUGCAGCUGGAUGGCCGUCAUGUCCUUCAUGCUCUUCUACACGGACUUUGUGGGGGAGGGGCUCUACGAGGGCGUGCCCAGCGCCGCCCCCGGGAUGGCCUCCCGGCAGCGCUACGACGAGGGGAUCCGCGUGGGGAGCCUGGGGCUGUUCCUGCAGUGCGCCACCUCCACCCUCUUCUCGCUGGGCAUGAGCCGGCUGGUGCGCCUCUUCGGCUCGCGCCGCGUCUACCUGGGCAGCAUGCUCAGCUUCACCGCCUCCACCCUGGUCAUCUGCCUGUCCAAGAGCGUGGUCCUGGUCACCGCCAUGUCCGCCCUCACCGGCUUCGCCUACGCCACCCUGCAGACCCUGCCCUACACCCUCACCUGCCACUACCACAAGGAGAAGGAGGUUUAUAUGCCAAAAAACAAAGCCAAAAACACACGGGUGAACGGGAUCGCAGUCACGCGAGAAUCUUUGUGCAUGGCGGAGGAUGAGGAGGGAGGCCUGAACUACAAGAGGGGCAGUGCCAACGGGCACGCCUACCACCAAGCUGCUCCGCACGGCCAGAACGGCUGCGCCCCGGGCCCCGGCCCGCCUGAGCCGGAGGAUCAUGGGAAACGCGGCGUGGGCCUGGACUUCGCCAUCCUGGACAGCACCUUCCUGCUCUCGCAGGUCUUCCCCACGUUCUUCAUGGGGAUGAUCGUCCAGCUCACGGAGUCUGUCACGGCCUACAUCGCUUCCUCCGCCAUCUUCGGCGCCAUCGCCAUCUACCUGGCCCGCCACAUCGUCUUCGACCAAAGAGACCUCAAGUGCUGAGAGAGACCGCGGAGGAGCUAGGAAAGGAAGUGUGUUGUAUGUGAGCGUGUGUGUCCACUACUGCCUCCUGCACGAAACGGCGUAUCUUUUUUUUUUCGCCUGUUCUGCAGAAGCUCUGUCCUCUCAUGUCAAAAUAUUGUAUUUUAUUUAAAUAUUUUAAAAUAUUUUUUAUUGGCACAAUCCCCUGGUCAGUCUUGUCUGAAGUUUACCUCAUCCCAACCCUGGUGGACAGUGCUAGUCAUGUGACUUGGAUCCAUCCUUUUUUUUGCUUUCUGCUCAGGCAGUCAGGAUCCUUUUUCAUUACCUCCAUUAUCUAACAGGACCCUCAAAAACGGUCUGUCCGCCCCAACCACAGUGUUGAGAGUGGGGGCUCCCAGAGCUCUGAGAAAAGCAUGGCGAGAUGGCCACGCCCUGCCUGUUCAGAUUCUUUCAGAACGGAGGGGGCGGGGUUGUAUCGAUUAAGCCCCGCCUCCAUGUUGAAAGUGCCUACCAGGCCCUCUCCCAGCACCUCUCUGAAGGGAAAUUCAAGGUGCGGGCCAGAGGGGGGGGGGGGCCUGUGCUCUCCCUACUGAAAGCAUCCUGCUUCUCCACAGCGAGGGUGGGUGGGUUGUGUGCCGGUUUAUCCGUCCUGUUUUUGGGGGGGGGGGGUUAUGUUGCAGUCAUGACAAAUGAAUGGAUCUCAUCCCCAAACACAGUUCAUCUGUCACUCAAAAAUUAAGCCGUCCUGAACCACAGAAAUUUCAAAACUCUAGUUUUUAUGUGUACAUCCCAAAAUCCAACUAUGUUUCAAGGUCCUUUACUUUAUUUUGGUUUUUAUGUAAAGCACAGUUUUGCUGUAUAUAUUUUUGUAUAUAAGAGCAUAUAUUUAUGUCCCUAUGGGAAUUUGUUAUGCAACCUGUUUGGGUGAGGUCACCUGUGUGCCUGGAGUGUUGCUAGCAUGAACUGGGUUAAUGGGUGUAAAAACAUUUGGCACCUAAAUUAGUCUUUGGGGUUUUUUUUUUUUUACUAAUUUAAUUUUCUUAUUACAUUUUGUUUGUGUGUAUGUGUGUUUGUGUUUGUGUGUGUGUGUCUGUGUGUGUGUGUUUGUGUUAGACAGGGAGAGAGAGAGAGAGAGAGAGAGAGAGAGAGAUAGCGAUUUAUUUAUUCCCUUUUGGAUAAAUGGGUCUAUGAUUGGCUCAGUUUAGAUCCAAGACGAGUCCAGAACAGUUACAGAAGGAUUUUUAGGUGCUGCAAAUGCCAGCCCACAUUCGAUUACCAUAAUAAAAGACCAACUGUCAUGCUAGCAGUAUUUUGGGAAUGCUGGGAUACUGGGUUACUGAAAAUCUUUUUGAUUACAUGAUGGUGGUUUUUUGUUCAGAAUCAAAUCCUGUAAUUGUACUGUAUGCACCUCUUUGUGAUGUCAAAACGGGGCAGUGGAAGUCUGCUAUUCAAUUUUCAGUAUACAAUUAGGAGUAUAGACGGUAAAUGCCUAAGUGCAGUGGAUCGCUGGAUGUGUGGCACCAAAAAUGGGAGCCCAGAACCCUCAGGAUCAUUGUGACUGAUAAGAAGCACACGCACACACACACACACACACAUGCACACACACACACACGCAUACACACACACACACACACACAACUGUCACAAACACAGUAACUUCAGUCUGCUGUCAGCCUGCACGUGCAUUUCAGGUGCCACCAUGUAUUUAAAGACUUUUUCUGCAUAUGCAGGUGUGCUGUUACCUUCUAUCAAUCAGGUAGUUUUCUUAAAUGUGUGUUCUGGUUAUUUUUCCAGUAUAUUAUUUUAAACGCAUUCGUUGUCAUUCUUGGUACACCAUAUCAGUCAAUCGGUCAUGAAUGUGAGUGGUACAAUCAUAUGGCUUUGAUGGCAACAUCUCUUCCUGUUGGCCAGCAAUGAUGUUUUUCUGCUACUGAAUGCCUUACAGCAUGUUCUGUAAGUGUUCUUGUUUGGUAGUGCGCACAUGCUUGUUUAUUGCCCCCUGAAGGAGAGGCAUGGUAUCAAGCCAGACAGAAUUUAAAGGGCACAAAUAUAAAAGCCAAUCCACAGAGUUGGAGAGAGCAUGCCAAAUUUUUCCUGGAAGAUAAAGUGUCCUGUAUGGCUUCUUCUGAACCUACUGAGGGUCUGUGUGUGUGCAUAAGAGAGAGGUUUUGUGUCCAAAAUCACAGCUGGAACUGGAUUUGAAAUGGUUUAGCUGGGUAUAGCACAGCUGUGUAUUCAUGUGCUUUGCCAAGGGUUCUCUUGGUUUUGGAAACUCUCGAUUUCACAUGUUCAUUUCUGAAUUUGAAUUGCACAGUGUCCUAAUCUCUACCAUUCAGUCUUCGAGUACUUUUUGAUAAUCUAUGUCCUCUUAAGUAAUGAUAUUUACAGUGUAAUACUGUAUUGCUAUUUCAAUACAGUGUUUCCUCAGCUGUAGAAAAUACUCAUGUCUUGGAACAUUUAUAUUAACAGACUGAGAAAACAAAGUUCACAAUUUCAGAAAGUGCCUAAACAUAUAGAAACUUUUUUUUUUGUAAAUUUCUAUAUAUUUAUUAUAAAAAAAAAUAAUAAGCACAUAUUACAACAUAUUUGCCUUUUUUGUAUCACAUCUAUCAAGGUGUAAGGGCAAAGGAUAUUUCUGUGAAAAGAAGUUAAAUUAUUGUUUCUUUUGUAUAGAUGUGAGGUGAAACUCAUUUUCAGCAUCAUAAUUUAUUUGUGUCCCUCCAUUUUAUUUCUUGAGUGUGAUUUCAAAGUGCUCAUCUGGUCAACCAAUACUGCUCCCAGUAACCACAGAAUCGCUUGCACAAAGCUUUCCCAAGUGAUCCCCACAUGCUGUUAAAGCUGCUUACAGCACAGAUUCUUUAAUAAAAUAAAUGGAUAAAUCAAUAUAUCAUGAGUUGUUAUAAUGUAGCUAUUUGUUAACAAUAGGACGUCCAUAGUUUAUAAAAAAUUAGAAUAAUGAAAUAAGCUGAUUUUGUCUACAGACAUUCAUGUCGAUUACAGUAGAAUUAUAGCAUAGUAUUGACAUGUCUUUGGAUAUGAUAUUUUCCAUUCUAAAAGCAAGUCCCCCAAGUAUGUACGGUAAUGUGUUACACGGAGGAGGAUAGUCUGUUCGUAGCCAGGGCCUGCCUCAGGUUUUAGUGUCCAAAUUUUCAUGUCUGUUUGUUUGUCGGUUGCACACUUUUCUGUCAUAUUGUGACACCAAAGAAUCUUGCCUGUUUUCCUCAGGUCGACACAUUGAAGCCAAAAUUUUUCGAAAAAUAUGUUGAACAAUGUGGUAAAAAAUCAAACAGGUCCACAAUCUGAUAACUUUUGGUUCAAUUAUUGCAUUUUUAGGUUGAAAAUGUUGCGUUUUGAGGUUUGGGAAUGUUGAGGUUUGAGAACUACACAGUAAACUGUCCAGUGUUCAAUUCAACUCUAGCAGUGAUAAUUAAGCUCUUAACAGAUUACAUUUGGUCCCACAUUCCAAAGGGGGAACAAAUGUUAUCUGUUAAGAGUCGAAGUAACACUGUUAGAGUUGAACUAACACCAAGAAUUUUACUGUAUAGUCCGUGUACAAGACGUAGAGAUUACGAUUUUUAUUUAGAAAAUAAAAGCGAAUUUUUCAAAUGGCUGUUGCCAGAGAAUCGCGUACAGCACUCUUAUUUUGAAAAAUGUAUCGGACAUACAAAGGGUCUAGUUUUCCUCGUCACAUUCUGCAUAAUGCGCAGGGGCUUAGCAGUUUCAUUAAAUUCAUUUCAGUGUUUUUUAUUUUUUUUUAAGUGAAUUUGAACAACAUGUGCCUGGAGUAGAGACUAGUUUCCAGAUUACAAGGUAGUGUUUACAGAAUAAAUAAUGUAAUUUACCCAUUCAGAGCACAAGCGUAUAGGCUUGGUUAACAUGGGCGUUGUGUUUCUGAUUUGUCAAGACUUUUCAUUUUUUCUGUUUUGUGUUUUACCAAGUUCAUUCCAGUGGUUUGUUCUUCAUUGGUUUCAACUGUAUUACUUCUAAAAUGUCACUUUUAUCCUGUUUUGAAUAAUCUGCUUUAGGUUUUUUUCUGUUUUAUUCGUAGAUAGAUAUGUUUGGCAAAUCAGGGAUCCUUUCACUAUAAACAACAACAAAAACUAUUUUCAUUUAUUUGCGGGUUACUGAAAUGUGUUUCUGGUUUCCCUAGUAAGUUCACGUGUUAAGGACAUCAUCAUUUUAUUCGGGGAAAAAAAAAUUGCAAUGUUUUGAAGCACAAGAUGAAACUGGUCAUUUCCUUCUGUUGUAUGUGAUUGAACAUUCGCAAUAACUCCUUUUAUAUGAAAUUAAUAAAUUGAAUUGUAACAA